CUCGCUAUAAUCACGUGACGGCCGCAUCCGGGCCCUUUCGCCUUCUCUCCCUCUUCCCAACAUGGCGGCCUCAGCUCCUGGAGUGGUUUCCGCUGCUGAAAAUGGAAGCUCGAGGACUGCUCAAGCUAAGAAGAAGAACAAGAAGGGGAAGACCCUGACUCUGACAGACUUUCUAGCAGAGGAUGGCGGUGGUGCUCCCACCUUUGUUCCAAAACCAGUUAGCUGGGCAGAUGAGACAGACGAUCUGGAAGGAGAUGUUUCUACCACCUGGCAUAGCAACGAUGACGAUGUGUACCGAGCCCCUCCAAUUGACCGUUCCAUCCUGCCUACUGCACCUCGGGCAGCUCGGGAGCCCAAUAUUGACAGAAGCCGUCUCCCAAAGUCACCCCCCUACACUGCCUUUCUGGGAAACCUACCCUAUGAUGUAUCAGAAGAGUCCAUCAAGGAUUUCUUCAGAGGGCUUAAUAUAAGUGCUGUUCGUUUACCACGGGAGCCUAGUAAUCCAGAGAGGUUGAAAGGAUUUGGAUAUGCUGAGUUUGAAGACCUGGACUCCAUGCUCCGUGCUUUGAGCCUCAAUGAAGAGUCUCUAGGGAACAGGAGAAUACGAGUGGAUAUUGCUGAUCAAGCUCAGGAUAAAGAUAGGGAUGAUCGCUCUUUUGGUAGAGAUCGUGACCGCAACCGGGAUUCAGAGAGAUUUGAAACUGACUGGAGGGCCCGUCCUGCUACGGAUAGCUUUGAUGACCCCCCUCCCCGCAGGGGCGAGGAUAGCUUUGGAGACAGGUAUCGAGACCGUGAUCGUUACGAUUCGGAUCGGUACCGUGAUGGUCCCCGAAGAGAGAUGGAUCGGUUUGGGGGCAGAGAUCGUUACGAUGACCGUAGAGACUACGACAGAGGAGGUUUCGACUCUAGGUCAGGCAGUGGUAGAAGAGCCUUUGGCAGCGGAUACCGUCGGGACGAUGAUUAUAGGGGUGGUGGUGACCGCUAUGAGGACCGUUACGAGAGGCGAGAUGAUCGAAUGGAUAGGUGGAGCAGCUCGCGGGAUGACUAUAGCAGGGAUGACAGCCGGCGGGAUGAUAGAGGUCCCACUCAGAGGCCUAAACUGAACCUGAAGCCUCGGAGCGCACCCAAGGAGGAAGAUACAUCUGUAGCUCCUGCUACCCAGUCUAGCCGUGCAGCCUCCAUCUUUGGGGGGGCCAAGCCUGUGGACACAGCUGCUAGAGAGCGUGAAGUAGAAGAGAGGCUACAGAAGGAGCAAGAGAAGCUGCAGCGCCAGCUGGAAGAUGAUAAGCCCAGGCUAGAGCGACGGCCCCGGGAGCGACACCCCAGCUGGCGUAGCGAAGAUAACCAAGAGCGGUCACGGACAGGGAGUGAGUCUUCACAGACUGGCAGUACAACUCCUUCUGUGGGGACAGGCCCAACAGGAAGAACCUCACGAAGGAGGGAGAGUGAGAAAUCAUUGGAAAAUGAAAGCAGCAGCAAAGAGGAUGAAGGUCUGUCUCCCACUUCCAAGACUCCCAGGGAAGAGAAGCUUCCUCUGAAGGUGAUGCCAGCGCCUCCGCCAAAAGAAAAUGCCUGGGUGAAGCGCAGCAGCAACUCUCACCCGGCCCGCUCACAGAGCUCCGACUCAGACCAGCAUUCCCCCACAAGCGGCAGCCAGGCUAUGCCACCUCUGCCUUCAGAAGAUGGAGUGCCCUCCAAGAACGCCCCAAGGAAAGGUGAUGAAAACCGACCUGAUGAAGGGAAGGAGAGUGUUCCAAAGGGCCGAAGUGGAAAUUCUGGGUGUGGUCCUGGAGAUGGAGGCAGCAGAGACCAUUGGCAAGACUCAGAUAGGAAAGAGAGUAGUGAGCAUGACUCAAGACCUGCAUCUGAGCCAAAGAAAUUCGAAGAGAACCCUACCCCCAAAUUUAGCUGUGCUAGCAAGUAUGCUGCUUUGUCAGUGGAUGGUGACGAUGAAGCAGAGGGGGAGGAGUACGCUGAUUAAAUUCUCCAGCCCCUCCAUGCCGUCUCCUUACCGGUUGCCACCCAGGAAUAUUCGGCAAGCAAAACCAAACCUUUAUUCAGACAAGACAGAAAAAUAAAAGCCUACAAGUCAACAUCUCCUUGGAGAGACCUUUCUUAAACCUUUCUUUAAAAAAAUAUAUGAAAAAGUGAUACAGUUUCUCUUGCAUGCUGCUGCAGCCUUUAAAGUAUUGAACUAACUGGAGAAAUCCCUGCAAAAAAAGUAUAGCAAGAGAGAAAAUGGCAGGUGUCUUUUUAAAAAAAGGAAUAGGCCCAGUGUGUGUCUUGAGUGUGACUUCAUGCAGCUUCCAAUCACGUCCAGAGCCCCAGGUCCUUCCCAUUAAAAGAGAGGCUAGCACUUGAGCAGGCCAGGUGCGUAUUAGUAGAGCACAGUGGGGACAUGGACAGCUAAGAUCUGUCUCCUUCUUUUGCUAGGUUGGUUGACUUCUGCAGCGUAAGCUUCAAACGAACUUGAAAGCAUUUUAGUGCGUUGGGAAAAGGAGGAGAGCAGUCUUGCCUUGAUGGCUGGGGAAGAGAUGAGCUGGCUUUUCAAGGCAGAGAGUUGGCAUCUCUACACAAGUAAUCCCUGAGGUUUAAGUUAGAAACCUCGCCCUGGUGGUGGUGGUGGUGGUGUCCCCCUCUGAAAUCCAUCAGGUUUGGGGAAGCCCCAGGCAACACUAAGGCUGAGUAGCAAACCUUUGCUACCAAAGGAAUCUUCUCAGAAGCCUCAGAGCUGAUCCUGGGGUUGUACCCUUGCCUGUCCCCAACAAUAAAGGCUGCUGACAGUUGGCUUCUAUGUUGAAAGCCACUUUCCACAUAGUUUGGCCAAAUGGUGCAAAGACACUCUGUGCUAGUGGUCACCAGGACCAUGCAGUGCUGAUGUGGAAAGUGUGUUCUGCAUAUGAACCAUGCAGAAAGUAACUUUUUGUAUGUCAAGGUGCUCCACUAUAUGGAAUCAGUUUUUGGUAACCUCCAUGAAGGAGGUUGCAAUAUAUAUGAAGGAGCCAUUGGAUUUAUGGGAAUCAUUAGUUGGAAGAGCAAUUUCUGGAGACUAUAAAGUUUUCUUGAAUUCCCCCCUUCCUAUCCCUUCCUCUUCUGCCCCCUUUUUAAUCACGGUGGUACCACCACAACCACUCUCACAAAUUUAAAUAGCACCUGUUUUAAACUUGGGCACUGUUUAAAGGUAGCAAGAGUCAUUGAAAGUUUGACUGAGCAUCAUGUGACUGUUCGAAGUUCUUUCCUCACUUUUGGGCAAGUAGGUACACAACAUGACUGGCAAACUUCCUUCAGCCCUUACAAAAAGGGUUUAUUUUUAGUCCCCUAAAUUUCUUUUUAAAGCUUCCUUCGCCAACACCCAGCACCAUCAGACACAGAGACAAGCAAUCUCUUCCAUUUUUUCCAGUAGUCUUGGUCCUUUCAUUCUUCUUCCUUGAACUAAUUAAUGGGUAGGGCAAGUGGGAAUUCAGUCCACACAGUGGAACUGAAGCAGCACAAGGUUUUACUAGCCAACUCUCAGCAGCCUGAUUUACCUGGUGGCUGCAGAGGAGAAUCUGGCUAGCUUUUGGGAGGUGUGCACAUGCUCACCAGGGAGCUGCCAGUUUUUACCUAGUUGGGGAGGAGAACAGUGUGAUUUUCCUCUUGAAGCAAUUCUGGCUGAGUCAAAUACAGGAUUUGGCGUGUUGUAAAGCCUGCCGUGGUUGGUGUCUUGUUUCAGUAAAUUUUAGCUACAAUUUAAACCAGUCCUUUGAAAUAUACAGAGUAGUGGCACAUCCUGUGGGCAGGAUAUAAAGGAAUGGGAGGGGAGACCCUGCUGAGUGCAGAUAAUUGAUUUGAAAUGCAAUAUUGCUUUGACUGUGUGAAAUGCUGGGGGGAGGGGCUAUAUUUGAGGUCAAGUGCUAAUUUGCAUACCCCAGAAGCAUUUUCUACCCUCCCUUCUCUCGCUCUCCUAUUCUCUCUCUUUAUCUCUCUCUGCGUUAUCAGGACAGGUUCACGAAUGGAUUGAGGUGCAUUUUACACAUUCUGAAGACAUGUAAAAUUUGUACAAAAUAUCUUCUAUGAAAAUGAUUUGUAAUCUGUGUGGACUUACUGGGAGAUGUCUUUUAUUAUGUAAAAUUUUCCCUCCUCCCCCCUUCUUGGUUUUUUGUUUUUCUCCAAAUAAAACUAAUCUUUAAAAUAA